AUGCUAUCGGAAAAGCUCAACGACAUGUUCACGUCCUUUUCAGAGAACCGCGACCAGCACUAUCGCGCGCAGAUCCAGGCCGUGCAGACUGACAUGGCCUUGAUCAUGCGUGCCGACCCAUACCAAAACAAGCCGCUGGAUGAUACUGGAGACGAGGUGGCUGAUGCCAUCCAUGGCACAACUGGCUCCCAGCCGCCUCAACCCGGAACUGCCACUGGCGACUACGUCGCUCAGGUUGGUCGCUUCUACAGCAAGUUUGUCAACGAUGCAAAUGAUGCCCUGGAGACGCGCGAUAUCGCCCUGACCAUGCUCUGGAACAAGUACCAGGCCAGUAUGCGCGAGCUCGAGCAAUCGCAUUCUUACAAGGUUCGACUCGCCCAAGAAGAACACCGCCAUCUCGCAAACACACUUCGUGAGCGACUGGUCGCAAGCGUGAAGCAGCGGCAAGCACGGCUGCUUAAGGAAAAGGAACAACUGGAUAUCGCGGACAGCAAUGCUCUGCUACUACACCCCAACCAGUUCAGCAUCACAAAUCCUGCGUCUCCCGGAGGUCCAGCUAGCAACCGAAAGACUCGGCAUACUCGUCAUCGCGUCGGCGAUCCGGACGACAUGGUCAGCACUGCUAUGGCAACCGAGAAGUCGCGCAAGAGGAAAGCUGCCUUCGAGGAUGCUGACAGCGGCUCACCUGGUCCCUCGGGACGGAAUGCUGACCUAGGUUUCGCAUCUCCAUUUCGUGAUGCGAAGGCGAAGACGAUGCAUACGCAGUUCGAGGCGCCGGCCUACUCGAUCGACCGCCUAUUCACGGAUAAGGAGCUCGCCAUGACCAUGAAUACCGCGGCGGUCGCUACGACGCACUUCUUUAACAAGCUAAGGGUGCAGGAGCAAAACAAUCACAAUGGCUCGGCCAACGGUGCUAACGGUGCACACCAUGGCGGGACUGAUGGCGGCGAUGACUCGGGCACUCCCACGGCCAACGAGGGCGAGGCUGAGGGAGAUGAGGACACAGCGACGCCCGCUGCACCCGAGAUGGAGCGCACCCAGUCACAUCAUGCGACUCGUGGAUCGACGCGCAACAACCCGCUGGCAGACCUCGCCCUGGCUGCCGAACGGACUGGCACUCUUCCAUUUGCCAGUGUCGCCCCGGUUAUUCUGCCAGCCAACGUUGGCAGCAAGGCCAAUGCAUCAGCGCCGACUCCUCCCGGUCUUUCGAAUGCAGAGGUUGACAGCGACUUCAUCAUCAUGGCCCGACCAUCUGACGGCAACGAUGAUAUCAACGAGAAACUUCUGCAAACUGCGUGCGGUCCACUCCAAGCCAGAGAGUAUCAAUAUCAGCCAAGCAAUCUGCGCAACGAUCACAGCGUAAACGGCAUAGGCGCGCUUGCGCCACACAUGGACCUCAGCGGUGUGUCGAUCAGCGCGGCAAACAGUGAUAGCGGCAUGGGUGGCGUACCGAUGAGCAGGCACGGCAAUGGUAGCUCGAUAGGCGGCGUCGGUAUGCGGCGAACCGGCAGCGGCAUGGGAAGGGGCAAAGGCCGUGCAGCUUGA